AACCCAGAUGACAAAUAUUUUUAACCAGACUUUCUUGCGUCAUCUUCAGUACGAUGCUAAACAAAAGAAAUCUAUUAAACCGAUAUAAUCCGAUGACCAUAAAACAUAUACCUACCUAAUAUCCAAAAGGUACCGUUUGCCUAUUCGUAAGUCAAUAAUCCGUGUGUUGCCUGUAGUUAACCGUUUUAUAUCAUUUCCUAAGAUUUAUUGACAAUAGAAUGUCUAUUUAAGAGAAGUCAUCAAACGACUUCUUGAUCUUACUCACCUUAUUAGAAGAUACACACAGAAUGCUCGGGGCCCACGCCCGACCAAUUCAGUUUUUAGUUAUACGCGAAAAGUGGCCACUUUGAUAUAAUUGGGUAUCUUUAAACUUAAUCCAUAAAUACAUAAUUUAUUAUCGUUUAUUGUUAAAGGAUUGUGCUGAAAACGAAGAUAUUUUUAUGUCCUUUACCUAUGUUGUGCUUUUUUCGGUAUAGCACGAUUUAAUUGAGUCUCUUUAAUUUUACUAGUGUGUAUAUUUCUGUCCUCCAAAUGUCCCUGCAUGACUGACAAUUACGUUGAUAAUCAUUUAAUUUAAGCACAAGUAUUGAGCAAGUUUAAAGGUUGUAGCAGAAUACUUUCUUACACAGAUUACACCUUGCGGCAUAGUUGAACUUUUGUGACCUACUAUUCGAGAUACCGCGGUGCUUGGCUAAUAGGAAACAAUUCCAAUGCAAAGCCCGCCGGUUUCUGAACCAUAUAAUUUGGAUGUGUACGUUUCAUCCUUUUGAUAAUUUAAAUUGCCGGAACUAAUCGAAUACUCCGGAGAUUAGUGACGUCCGUUUAAGGAAUGAUGUAUGCCACAUUAUUCAGUUAAGUUAGCAGAGAUAAUAGUGGCAUAACUGCCUAGAGAUUGUUUACUAAUGGGUUAAACAAACAAGCCAAGAUAUUAGCGUGGGCUCUUCUCAUUUACAAAUUAAGCACGUUAUAAUUUUAUUGAGAUUCAUUUUCGCCGCAAUUUAAAAGCUGUUUAGAUCUCGUGUUGCAUGUACUCUAACCUUCGGGUGAACUUGAAGCGACGCCUACAUGCAACCGAGUCCUUGUUUAUUAUUAAUGAUUUUCUUAAAGUACGUACUGGACCAUUAUUUACCUCGUUGUCACCUAUAUUUAUAUCUACCAUAUAAUUGUAGGACACGGCGAUAAUCGUAGUCUCGUUGCUCGCGCGCAUGCCUCUUAUGAGUCAUCGGUAAGCGUUCUGCGCACAAUGCCGUCCGAACAGUCCAGUCGCGACGCGGCAUACCUAGAGGACAUACAUGUCACUUAAUUUACUUAUACGCGUUACGCACGAUCGAGCUUCGUUGAGAUUGUAUUUUGAAAUUGUGAAUUAAAACUACUUCGUGCGGUUAAGUGUUGACAUUCAGUGAAGAUGACUGCGGUGAAGAAAGUGUCGGCUAUGCGGCAAUUGGACUCUAUGUUCUGCAAUAUGAGUCUGGAAGGGGAGGGUCGGCAUUCUCCGGUGGUCACUUCUGUCGUUGAACACGACCCUCGCUGUGAAGUGCAUGGCCGUUGCAGUACUCCGUACCGAUCUUCGCUCUAUCUUCACAGCCGAGAGUCCACGCCAGGAUAUUACAGGGAGUCAGUUUCACCCACAAAUGGGCUUAUCAUCAGGCGACGAGACUCACUGGGCCUGACCGGGUCUCCAGCGCGCGAGAUCGAGCACCCGUCGACGUUCCCCAGCCUGUUGCGGCGCGACCGCCACAGCCCCUCCGUGACGCCGCCCCGCCGCGACACGCCGAGCCCCACUCACAGAGUUCACAACAAACGCCAUUCGAUGGGCUCCUUCCCCAACCUCAGCAGAAGCAAUAUCAUCAACUACAACAGACGGGACUCGAUAUCCAGUAAUGGAAUAAGAGACAUGAAGCGUGACUACGUUGGCUCCACUAAUUCAUUGUCCAGGAAAAGUUCUAUCGACACAAAGAAGUCUUCAACAGACUCCUUAGAUGUGUGGCACAGUAACAACUGGGAAUCUGAAAGAACAAAUUCAGUAUCUUCACUAGUGCAUGACGAACGAGUCUCGUAUGGACAUAAUAAGGCUCAGACCAGAAAUGGCGGCCACCAGGGUGUACCGCUGUCGACUCCAAGCAGCGUGGGCGUCGGGCCUGAGGUUAACGGCUCCAGGCCCACCUUCAAGCCCGUCACAGUGCUGGAAGAUCUUCAAGCCGUCCGAUGUGCAGAGUUCCACCCCAAUGGGAAACUGUACGCCGUCGGCUCCAACACGAAAACCCUUAGGAUAUGCACCUACCCGAAGAUUGAGGAUGUCAAGGACAGCAGCGCGCCUACCGCUCCAACGGUGCUAUUGAAACGAACUAAACACCAUAAAGGCAGUAUCUACUGCCUCGCAUGGAGCCCCGCCGGCGACCUCCUGGCGACAGGGUCCAAUGACAAGACUGUCAAGCUCAUGAGGUUCAACAGCCAUGCCUGCAACUUGGAAGGCCAAGAGGUUGAGCUGACGAUGCACGACGGUACAGUACGAGACGUGUGCUUUAUCGAGGACACCUCAAACAAGACCAGUCUGUUGGUGAGCGGCGGCGCCGGCGAUUGCAAGAUAUACGUCACCGACUGCGCUACAGGCAAAACUUUCCAGGCGUUAAGCGGUCACUCGGGCACAUUCUGUCCCUGUACAACUGGGGCGGUGCUAUGUUCGUGUCGGGGCAGCCAAGACAAAACCGUACGGUUCUGGGACCUUCGCACUGGUGGCUGCGUUAACAUCAUUUCGCCCCCAGCG